AUGUCAGGAGACAACGAUAAUAAUAAUAAUAAAGACAAAGAUAAGGAUAAGGAGAAAAAGAUUACAUUACCGCCGUUAUCGUCAUUAAUACCCACGAUAUUCCCACAAAAUGAAGAACAUAUUAACGAUAUUAGAAAUUUAACCCACAACCCUACUCCAAAUUUGGCGAUGCUACGGCAUAGCGAUUUAAUUAUGAGCAAUAUGAAUAGUACUGUGUUGCCGAUGAAUUCACCACCACUGCCACAGCAACAGCAACCAUUAUUGCAUGUACCUGGAACUGGUGUACAAAGUAAAUAUAUUCCGAUCAAUAACUCUGUCAUCAAAGUUGAACCUGAAGGUUCUAUGCCAAUGCCUGCGAUGACAUCACCUUCAUCAUCGUCAAUUAAUAAGAUUGGUAAAAAAGCUUUUAAUUCAGAAGAGAGUAAAAAGAUGACAUUGUUAAGGAAACAGUGUCACAUUUGCAAAAAAAUUUGUUCACGUCCAGCAACGUUAAAGACGCAUUUAUUAAUUCAUACUGGUGAUACACCAUUUAAAUGUCCAUGGGAAAAUUGUCCAAAAUCAUUUAAUGUAAAGAGUAAUAUGUUAAGACAUUUGAAAUCGCAUCAAAGAAAACAAGUUAAAUUGGCUAAAAAAACUGAAAAAAAAACAAAUAAUCAUAAUCAUCAUAAUAAUAAUAAUAAUAGUAAUAAUAGUAAUGAUAAUAAGAACAAGAAGUUGAGUUCUACAAAUUCAUUAUCUCCAACAUUGUCGGCAUCGUCGAUAUCAUCGUCAUCAAUAUCAUCAUCAUCAUCGUCAUCAUCAUCGUCAUCAAAUUUUAAUAAUAAUAGCACUGAUAAUACUAAUAAUAAUAGUAAUAAUAAUAAGAGUAGUAAAUGA